AUGACUGGCCUUGCCAAAUUCAUGCUUUCGGUGCAGAAAAUUCGAGCGGCUAUCCAUCACAAAGGCAAAUCAGGAGCCAGGCAAACAUCCGGAUGUGACCUAGAUCAUCAUCCAGCGCAGGGCCCGCAAAAUGCCAAAUAUCCAUCAAAUUCCUUGAGAGGCCUUCCGGCCGAGAUCAAAAUCAAAAUAUUCGCCUGCUGCAAAAUUUCAGACUUUUCAAACUUGAAGCUGGCCUGCAGAGCACUCUAUGACCUCAUUCGGCUCCAUGAACACGACAUUGCUCGACAAUAUCUCUAUGAGCUUCGCCAUGGCACCCUUCCAUCCCCUAUUGCUACCGAGCGGAUCUACACAGGAAACCCGGAAGACGAUGUGAUUCUCUUGUCCGACCUUUUCCCACCACACAAAAACACAAAGGAUGGAUACGUCUAUACAUUCCAGUAUCUUUCCAGUUUGCGUCGCAGACAAAGCCUAUGCUCGAGGCUUUGCUACUAUCUUGCAGACCGGAUGAUGGACCGAUUCAUACAAACCGAGCCUACCCUCGUGAGGUCCUUGUUCCCUAGAAAGAAAAACGAAAGAGGAGCAUAUACUCGUAAAGGCAUAUCUAACAUAGUGCUCUAUCUCGCACCACUUAUGUACUAUCUAUUGUACUUCUUAGAAUCGUACAAGUCAGCUAGGAGUGAGCAUAGAAACAUGGUUUACGGAGAAUAUGAAUUUGGCCGUCUUCAUACCCCCAUUAUACAAGAAGUGCGUCAGUCGAUGCAUCACGAAUUGCAGACGCAGAUUCUUCAAUCUCCCCCCUUCACCAACACGCCGACUUUAAUUGCCACACAUCAUUGCAUGCAAUUGCUCGUCUCAUAUAUUCGCUAUACUAUGUCACCUGAGGAAGUGAUCGAUGACUCCUGGAUCAGUUCCUUACUCACACUUUCGCCAUUUGUGCGGAUUAUCGAGUUUUUCUCCGCCGAGAUUGGCGACGGAGGUAGCCAGUGGACGCAGCGAAAGGAUUUCAUGAACAAUUUCAGCCGCGAUAUUAAAGAACAUGAGCGCGAUAAAAUAAAAUCUAAGAUUUUCGCCCGCGCGUCUGAUCAACAAGCUCAUGAUCCCCUAGAUGGUGUUUGGUUUGACGCCACCUAUGCCGAAAUGUCAGCGAGGGGAGCAAUCCCUCAUAAUAUCGAGAAAAUAUAUGUAUGGGACGGCAUUCCUCUAAAUUUUGGGUGUGGAGAGUGCCGCCAUACAAGGGAAUAG